CCGGUCAGGGGGCGUAUAUAGACCUCAUCUUAAUUCACACAAAGUUUGAGAAAAAAUCAUGAGGUUUGACAGAUGUUAGGCACAAAUUACAUACUAGAAAAUUCACAAAAAUUGCCUCCGCGCGUAGUCCAGCCGCUGGGGGCCUCUAUGCUGACCCAUGGGUGGGUACGAACCGUUCGGACCGCUCAAAACCUCCACAACGCCGACAUUCAGUGGGCCGAACGCGGCGUCGAGGCCGACUUUGUGGACCCUAAAUUGUGCAUUCCGAGCCGAUGGAACCAAAACUGUGGCCACGGAGCAUCUAUAAGGAUCGCAUGCGAUGGCCCACGCACGUCAGUGGGCUCACCGCGGCGAUUCGAUGACAUCGCGCCGGCCCAUCGGCGCACCCCGAAAUGCGCCGUCGGACGCCGCAGCCGUUCGGGCCUCAUUGUUCGCUCCGGCCGUUCGACAUCGUUCGGUAGGUCCCCACGCUUGGUCCCGCGCUCGGGUAGACCGUCUCGCGCCGCGGAAGGAGCCAAAGCCGUCGGGGAGAGGGCAGCCCUUUCACACUGUGCUGCGCGCCGGCGUCGCCCUUUUCCAGCCCAAAAAGCUGGUAUGUUGGGGUCCGGCGGAUGCUCUGGCCGUACGCCGGUUUUUGCGCAUAUAACUUCUCAAGGGGCCGCGUAUGAGCGCCCUCAAUUCACGCCACUGAAACCCGUG